GAGGAACUAUUGACAUCACUAUUCAUGAAGUCCUUGAAGGAGGAGGCCUGAAGGAGCUGCACAAAGCUUCAGGAAAUGAUAUGGGAGGACAAAAUGUAGACARAAAAUUUAAAGAGUUCCUCAGAGAGACAUUCUCUCCUGAAAUCUGGGACGAGUAUGAAGAAAAGUAUCCUAGUGAGGUUAGAAGAAUUAUGUAUGACUUCACACUUUUCAAGAGAAAAGAUGACGAUAUGGAAAUMAYCUGUCCACUGAAUCUAGGAAWGAUGGCUSWRAAAAAACARGACAUGGAARAAUACUUUAAUCGAGUUCAAGGAGCAUCUUAUGAUGAUGGAGUAAUMAMAAUAUCAAAGCAGACACUGAGAUCUUUCUUUGAAAAAUGUCUGUGGAGCAUCGCUAUGAGUCUCAGARAAAUCUUUKACAAAAYSMSCARCAUUAACUAUAUUCURUUAGURGGAGGUUUUGCUGAAAGUCAGAUUUUACGGAAAUACAUUAUUGAUGAGUUUAUUGACAACUGCAAAGUUCUGUGUCCAUUUAGGCCCCAAGAAGCCAUUUUGAAGGGAGCUGUAGAGUUUGGAAGAAACCAAGGUGCAGUGGCAUCAAGAAAAAGUGACUAUACUUAUGGAGUACAUCUGUCAGAGAGGUUUAAGAAAUCGAAGCACAGGGAGGACAAAAAAUACAAAAACAAAGAUGGCGUCUUCUGUGGUGAUCUCUUUGGCAAACUGGUUGAAAUUGAUGAGGACGUUGGUUGGAAUGAAACCAAAGAGCUCACAGUAUAUCCUUUAGAAAGAGACCAGACACAAAUAAUUCUUGCAUUUUAUCGCACAAAGAAAAAAAAUCCCAUGUAUGUAGAUGAGGCAGAUGUAGAAAAAAUUGGCUCAUUUGUUGUUGAGUCUCCUGACACUACACUUGGACUGGACCGUCAGAUUGUUCUAGAAAUAAAAUUUGGCUUCACAGAACUUAUGGUAACAGGCACUGAUAGAGAGUCAGGAUCAGUUCACACAGUCAACCUAAAUUUCAUGACAAUUUAAUCAUUAUAUACACACAAGACCAAAAACGAAGACACAAAAAAGUAAGAAAGGUCAAAAAGCCCGGCUUUAAUGGUGGGGAUAUUAUGCAACAAGAUGGCUAUUUACCUAAUCAAUCAAUCAAU